GGUAAGAAUGUUUGGAAAUAACAAGAGAAGGUUUGGGUGGUUUAAAACAAGUAGGACUCGCUUCACAGGGGAACAAGAGAAUUAGGCGCCGCUCGUAUCAUUCGUCUAGCAUACACAAUGAGUUACAUUAGUAAACAAAUGUAAAUCAAAGUCAAAACAAGGACAUUGCUGCUGUCAAAACGCCCAACCCAAAACAAGGUGAAAGUCUAUCACUUAGCCAGUUGUGCAGCUAUCACCAACGAAGUUAGCUUGUCUAAAAGUCGAUUUGUAAAAGAUAUGGGGAGCCUUAUGCUUGAAGACAACUCUAAUUUUUCUUCGAACCCAACGAUGGCAACUCUAGAAGCAUGCGAAGUCCUCUUCACGGAUACGAGUACUAUAGCAAAGACCAUAGCUUAUUUGCUAAUGUUCUUGUUUUCAUUAACUGGGAACGUAUUCGUUAUCUUGAAUGUACGCUGCACAAAAAAUUACUCUACAAGCACUACGUCAGUUCUUAUCAUGAACAUGGCCGUGUCGGAUCUUCUGAUUGUGGUCCUUGCGAUGCCAAGAGAGUUGUUCGAGAUCGUUGCGCGCACCGAGUCAUGGCGCGUUCCCGGAGUCCCUGGACUAGUCCUCUGCAAAACUCUGUUCUUUUUGACGGACAUCUCCCCCCUCGUAUCCGUGCUCUCGCUGUGUUUUAUCGCUAUCGAGCGCUUCGCAAUAGUUAUGUACCCGCUGACCUGGAUCGUGGCUUCAAGGCGCUCAUACCACAGGGUGGCCAUCGCCACAUCUUGGAUCGUACCGGCGAUAUUUCUCUGGUACUACUUUGAAGUGUUUAAACUCGUGCACACAGGCACAGAGGCGUACUGUGGCGUGGCAUGGGAACCGACGUUUGACCCUCAGAUUUCACUCAAGGUGUUUGGCUCGCUUGCGGUCAGCCUCUUCUACAUCGUACCCUUUCUGUUGAUCUCAUCGCUGUACAUUGGCAUUAUCCGUCAGCUUAGAAAACCACCAUUCAACACCAGCAACUACUCAGACGCCCACCAGCAUCGCAUAAACAUCAGCAAGCUUGCUGUCAGCGUCGUGUUGGCUUUUGCGCUGUGCUUCACUCCUUUCUACGUCGGCAUCUUCAUGAUUAUCACUGACGUACGCUCCACCCUCACGUGCAGGUUUCAAAUCUUCUGGCUCGUCGCGCGCACCAUGGGGUACACUAAUACUGCCUUCAAUCCGUGGAUCUACUUCCUUUUCGUUAGCAGCACCGCGCAAAACCGUCAGCGCACCAUGGAACUGAUAGAAAGAGGAAGGCGCUUCAUAUCUACCUACUCGGUAUUGAUGCGAAAUCCCGCAGCCAGACGGAAUAACCGAGUAGGCGCGGCUGAAGAGAGAGGGGUAGACAGCACGGUGUAGCGGUUUGGGAGAGACUCUUUCAAGGUGAAAGUAUGUGGCCUACUUAACUGAAAAAUGCCAUGUGAAUAGCCCCUUUUCAUUUUAAUUCUUGCAUUUUUGUUUCGAUACAUAUUGUUAUUAAUUGGAGCCUUUAUUAGCGUUUUAUAUCCAAGAACACAUGUAAUUCUUAUACUAAAAACAUUAAUGAGAGUUGAACAUGUAACAGACUAAUUAAAACGUGUCACACGCCUAUCAUUUCCCGCUUAAAUUUUUCCCGCUCAAAAUCUGACCCGCGCGAUGACACAAAAAAAUGCGUUUAGCGCUUGCGUAUUGAUCGGUGGCUGUUAUGUCGGUUCAGGUCAUUUAGUUUUUUGUUGUUAUAUUAAAAGUUAAAUAGAUUAUUGUAAAUAAUUAAAGAGAAUUAAGAAAUAAAAAUUGUACAAAAACGGUG